AUGCCCCAACUCUUCACCUCCCUCUGCAUCACCGACCCCAACAUCCCAGGCGAUCCAAUCAAGUUCCACAGCGCCGCCUUCCGCCUUGGACCGCGGGGUCUGAAGGUCGGUGCGUGUAUGUUUCUGAACUUGCCGUUUGGUGAGGGGCAGGGCGUAGGGGUAGAUGUUGUCAUGGGUGGGGAUGGACGGCUGAGGUGUGUGCUUGAGAUCGCGAUGCGUUGUGUCAGCGUUGGUGGAAAGAGAAGGGGAAGGGAAAGUGAAAGAGGAGAGAUGUUGCUGGCAAGCCAGGUUGACGUUACGGAGGCUGUUUGGGGGCUCGUGGAGAGGUGGGUUGACGAGGGCGCUGAAGACGAAGGUAGACAUUUCGAGGCGGGAGAAAGCGAGGGAUCCAUGGGUGGUGGUGAAAGGCUGUCCUGGUGUACCUUGCCAACAUCGUUUGGAAUCAGCGGGGCAGAGCUCAAAGCGGUCGCGACGGACUUCACAUGGCUCGACCUCUCCGAUGCGGAGAUCGAAGCAGCGGCCGCGUCGCCUAUAGCAGACGUUUGUUUCUCCCCGACCGAGCUCACCCACAACUUCGUUGGAGGCGACCCUCCCGCCAUACCAGACACCGCCGCAUUCACAAAGUCCACCGACGUCGCUUCAGAUGAGCUGGCCUUCCUCCGUCUAUGCCACGAGAUCCAGUCCGACCAUCAAGACUUUCUAGUCUUCGCCCCUUCCUCUUCCUCCUCUUCUUCUGAGUUCAACACACCAGUACUCAGCGGCUACGUCAUCAGAUAUGUCUCACCCAGUCUUUCGUCUUCUCACACAGACCUUCGCGCGAAUUUUGGGCGCACGGCACCAGAGGAGCUGGGUGAGCUGGCGGACAGGCUGGAAAGCGGGGUUGAGGUGGGGACAGGUGUUAGAUGGGGUGUUGAAGGGCAAGAGAAGUGGAGUAAGUGGGUGAGGGUUGGGGAUGGGAGGAGUGAGUGGUGGAUCUGCUUUCUUGUUUGA